AUGACCCUUAAGCCCGAACAGCUCCCAGCUACGAUUAGAGGGAUGCUUAUUCGUGAUAUUCAAAUGACUGUGUCGAUUCAAGGGCUGCUUCAAAGCACGAUCCAGUGCCAUCCAGAAAGUCUGCAGCUUGCUAUCAGCAGCAUGUGGCCUGAUACCGCAGAUCGCCCAAGGACGUAUCGUCCUUGGCGGUACAUCUCGAAAUCUGAUAUGUGGAUGGUCUCGACCGCUACUGCAUCGGAUCUUUCUAGACCACAGCUAGUCCACUAUCAUAUAUUAGAGGGACAUCUCCUUGUAGACCGCAAACCCGUCGGCAAAUUACCGGCUGAGAUACGAAAUGCGGAUAGUGUCCAAGAAUUAUUUGGGCCGCAGCAUCUGCUCGUCUUUCCGUCCGCCUUGAAAGAUAUGACAUAUGUGCUAUCGACGUUGAGGAGUGGACAUCAGAUCCACUUCGGCCUCUAUGAAGACCAGGUUGCGACUCGGGCCCGCGUCCGCGGCACCGUCCUUCAAUUUGUGGAGGCUGAUUUGCCGACUCCGCUCCUCGGCGAAUAUUUCCACUGGCUAGACUUGGGAUCGGGUGAGCUAGAAUUUAGAAGACGGGCCCAGUUGUGGUGGUAUAAACGCCCAGGAAAUUGGAUGCUGCACGUGGGUGCACGUCAGGCGUCCCGCCGACAAACCCUCCUGGUCGACCCCCACAGCAACGUAUUCCAUCGAAUUGCCGGGAUUUUCGAGCAUUUUGAGUCCGCAGAUAGGCUAGUUGUUUUCCAGCCAGCCAAAAGAAACCUUAGCGUGGAGUUGAAGCGAAUGGACUUGGACCUUACCGUUAAUGGGAAGGGCAUUUUCCUGUGUAGACAGCUGCGCUCGGAGAUAGUUCCAAGCCAGGAUGCUGGAACAUGGUAUGGCUUGCAAAGUAAGAUCGUUCUUCGCGACAAUGAGAAUCAUCUACGCCGAAGUAUUAUCGUGCCAAUUGGGUCUAUACAGUACCGUCGCCACGAUGUUCACGUCCUCAUUAGGGUGGUCAAUGACGGUUGA